AUGGAAGCAUUCCAACUUUUCGAAAGAGCCCGCAAAAGGUGUAAGAAGCUGGUGAAUGUCCAAGCUUGGGAUGAGGCCUUGCUGUUGCAACUCUGUCAGCCAGACCAAGUGCUAUUUGGACCAACUGAGGUAGAUGGCAAUUUGGACGAGGAUCUGAUCAAAUGGAUUCUCCAACCAGAGCCACAGGAAUUGACCAGCAAACGCCGGAGAAAAAACACUUCGAAGACAAAGGUUGACAGCGGCAAAACUUCGGUUCCAGCUCUGCGACCUAAGUUCGCGACUGGAGAAGUGACUGAAUUAGUUGCUAAGCAUUCAACUUCAAUCUCAAGCCCCCUAAAGAGUAAUGAUGGAAUGGCCUUGAAAGCGCCUGCUUCAAAAGUGGAGAAGAAAACUAGAAAAAGACAAAAGCAGACAGUCCAUGAAUAA